AUGAUGGACGGUGGUCACCACAACAUGAUGCCAACCCGGGGCGUUGGUACCGAUGACCAGCGGGUUUCUACUUCCAACAGUAACACCAACCCCCUCGCCUCCGGUCCUUCUCCGAAUGCCACAAUAGUCGUCUCGGCAGCACCUUCAUACAACCCUAAUGGUCCCUCGCAAUCCGUCUCUCCUUCACCCGUGCCAACAGCUCAAUCUCCCUAUCCCACAUCAACCCCGGGCGGCACCCAGAGCCACGCUGCUACCGCCAGUCUGUACCAGUGUGCUCACUGCCAACGGCGGUAUUCUCGACCUGAGCACCUCGCCCGUCACAUUCAGACCCAUACUCUUGGAAAGCGAUUCGCGUGUCAGAUAUGCGGCAAAGCCUUUGCGCGCCAAGAUCUCCUCAAGCGGCAUGUCACCAAUCACGAGAACGACAAUGACCCCAACAAAAAGAGACGUCGCACCGAUACCUCACCCGGUGCCGGCCGUGUCUCUCACGCCUGCAGACCUUGUGCCACGGCUCGUGUCAAGUGCGAGGAGCAAAAGCCAUGCACCCGUUGCCGGAAUCGCAACCUAAACUGCGAGUACUCAUCUACCGAAGCCGGCUCAGCUGCGGCCAUGCAUCUGCUUCAUCUCUCGGGAAACCCGCACCAGACAACAUCAACGCCCGGAUCUCUUGCCACAUCUCCCUCACAAUCUGCCUAUGAUAGCAGCCCCUCAACAGCGUACCAACAGAACCCUCAACAUGCAAUGCUGCCGCCCAGAGACGACAGUGGCCAGCUGGGACCUGCUCACACCAUCAAGUCGGAAUCAGGCCGCAUACCAACGACAGAAAAUGCCAUGCAACAAGUCAACGCCUCCGGCAUGCCUGUUAACUACGAGAUCGGCAACCAGCAAGGUGUCGACAUGACCUUGCCUUUCUCAGACUUUCUCCAAAAUGUCAUCUACACAGGAGAGAUGGAAGCGUCGCGCAUGGCCGAGGCACAGGGUCUAGCUGUCCUGGACUUUUGCGACAACUCGAAUCUCGAACUGAACGAAGUGGACUUUGGCCUUCUGGAUCAUUGGAACAUGGACGGCAUGGGAAAUACCGGAUCCAACCAAAGCUUCACGCCUCGGACCGACGACUCUGUCGAUUUGGUCCAAAUGCGCCAAACGCUUGUCAAGGUCUGGACAGAAUCACCGUGGCAAUGGGCGCCCAACAAGCUCGACUCGGGCUAUUUGGAGCACCCAAACUUCUCCGUACCAUCCGACGACACAAGCAGCGCUGUUUUCACCGAAAGCCGGAAGAAGCACGCGAGGAUUGUCAGGGACAAACUGGACCAGUCGGGCCGGGAUCAGAUUUUGGCAAUCGUCUUGUCAACCUGCAAGAACGACAACAUCAUGAGCCGCGUCGCAUCCUCUUUUCCGUCCCUUGAGGUGAUGGACAGCCUUAUCCACAUCUACCUGGCGCAACAUUUCUGCCAGACGUCACAAUGGAUUCACCACGGCUCGUUCUCCAUGAACGCCCAGUGGCCAGAAUGGCUAGCUGUGGCAGCUUCAGCUGGGGCUACCCUCACUCCGGUGCAAACCUUGCGCAAGUUUGGGUUUGCUCUUCAGGAAGCGGUCCGAGUUACCAUCCCGGCAAGGUUCGAGGAUGCCAACACCACGAUCAAAAAUCUCGGCCUUGUGCAGACUCUGAUCCUGGGCCAAGACAUUGGUCUGUGGAGCGGGAACCGACGCAAGAUGGAGAUCGCCGAAUGUCAUCUCAUGAUUCCUAUUACGAUGAUGAGAUAUCGCGGCAAAUUCCAACGAGCAUCGUACCCCAUGGUCGAGGUCAAUAUGUCGGACGAAGGCGAAGUUUUGGAGAAAAAAUGGAGGGCCUGGUGCGAGCGUGAGUCGUGGAAGAGACUACUUUUCCACUGCUUCGUGCGAGACGCUCAGACCUCCAUGACAACACUCACCAACCCCUCCAUGUCGUACUCGGAACUCACACUGCCCCUCCCUGAAGCAAAGGAGCUGUGGUUUGCAAAGACGGCGGCCGAAUGGAAGAUGCACUAUCUCGAACGAACGAACGGACAGAGCAAACGACCACCUUCGAUCGGUGAUCUCUUCCGGGACAUCAGUUUGUUGGCAACGAACCGCCAGCGACUAGAUCUGCAAUUUGCAAUCUCGAUAUACCUGCAUGGCUACUGGGCGCUCAUUCUUGAGUAUCUCCAGCUGUGUUCCGUCUUGCGCACCCGGACUUGGCUAAACAACUCUGGAGGGAAGUCUGAGGAGGUACUACGUUCCAGACAUGCGGAGCUUUGCAAAGACCUGCAGGGCUUCUUGCUGGUCACUUCCGACUGGCACGAGAUGCUUUCGACGCAGGAGAGUCUGGUGCUCCAUCUUCUCAUGAUGAACCUGCACCUCUCCCUCAACGAUUUACAGCUCUUCUCUGGCAAGGAAGGCGAGGACCAGGCGCGCCGGGUAUUCGGUGACCUGCGCGAGUGGUCGCAGAGCGCCGAGGCGCGCCAGUCGCUCUGGCACGCAGGCCAGAUCCUGCGUCAGGCCAAGAUGUUCCCCCAGGGCCAUCUCAAAGACUUUUACGCCAUCGCCGUCCACCAUGCGGCUCUGGCGUGCUGGACCUACGGGGUGGUCGCCAAGACGAGCGGCACGGGGAAGACGCCGGUGCAAGGGUUCGACCAGGAAAAGGUGUUUCUGGACGGCACCGAGUCGAACCUGGUGCACCGAUUCAUUGGCUUCAACCAGGGGCGGCCGGUGAUCCUAGGACCCAUGAGUAGGGCCGGCGCCACCGAGGCGUCGCUCGACGAUCCCAAGGCGUGCAUGGAAGUGGCUCAGGAAGUGCUCCGGGCCAACUUUCGCGAGUCGGCGGAUCUUCACCCUCCCAUUGUCGAGAAUUUGUGCCUGCUGAUCAAGCAGCUAGGCCACGCUGCUUGGGCAGUCGGCAUGUCAUGA